UUAUUGUUUUGCUGAUUAUGGAGUCGAAAUAAACUUAUACUUAUUGGUGAAUGUGUUUGCCGUAAUGCGUUUGUUAUAAUGUUAUUGAUAAUUUUUUACCAUUCGGAACAGUUAAUCAUUUGAAUAUUUGUCUGUCAACUGCACCAUAAUAUAUGUAACUGUUUGAUGCCUGUAUAUCGUAAUACCUGUUAUAACAGCAUGGAAGAGUCAUAUUUUAGAGCAUAUUUCAACUUCAUCUCAACUGUGGCUUGUGAUAAAGCAAAGGAACUUGUGGAAAAGGAAAAAGACAAGGCACCCAUACCUCUGCAAUCAGCUUUAGUAUUACUUGCACAAUGUGAAAAGAGUUAUUAUUCACUAGCAUUUCUUGAGCAGAAAUGGUUUGGAAGAAGAGAUCCACUGAAAAAUACCUAUCUCACAUUACAGACUGAGUUGCAAACUGUUUUAAAACAGAUGGAUAAAACUGAUAAAUCUGUAACUGUUUCAACAUGUGAAGGCCUAGUGAAUUUCUGCUCAUGUCGAGUUGAUUGCAUAGAACUGUAUGAAACUGCAUUACGUAACAUCCCAAAUAAAGAUUUAGAAAAGCUAAUUAGUGAUUUAAUUCAAAAACAUGAAUCAAAGCUACAAUAUCACACUUUGAAAUCUAUAUUGGAUUCAUUUAUGUCCGAAUUUGAGACAUUUCGUCAAUUAGUUGGUGCAAGUCUUCUAAUUGCGGAAUGGAAUUUUUUUACUUCGCUGAUAGAACUUCAUAAAAUACAUCAAACUUUAGCAGUUUGGCAGCCACUUCUAUCAAAAGACCAGCAUCACACACUUCGACCGGGACUAUUUGGUUUUGGAGAAAGACAUUCAACUUCACCUGUAUCUGCUUUAUACCAAUGGAUGGCAAAAUAUUUUCAGUCAUUAGUUUCAAAGUUCUCUUUUUAUUUUUACUAUUCUUUGAAUUUUCAAGGACAGGGUGAUGAAAUGAAGAUUUUUCUUAGUAAAACAAGUUAUGAUUAUGUGGCAAAAGCCUUGAAUUUUUGUAAAAAACUAGACUCCACUUAUGUACUUCUAUGUUCUAUUGCAAAUGAAAACACAUCAAAACUAAUGGAUGAAUCGUUGAGAACCACACAUUCGAAAAUUCUUGAGUUACCAAAUGCAAGCCCGGAAUAUAUGUGGCCUAAUUUAGAUGUGUUUUUGUACAAUAAAUCAGAAGAAAUUACCUUUGAGAAAGUUGUAUAUUAUUUUGACAAACAAAUUGAUUUUACAUUUUAUGCUGCUCAAUGUGACCCGGGCAUCAUGCUCGUGAUUGCUGUAAUGGGAAGAAAAAAUGAGAAAGAUUCCUAUGUUUCAAACUUUAUUAAUGAAACCGUUUUAUACUUGAGACCAAAAAGAAUAUUUUCUUUGUUAAGACCUGGGUCGAAGUGAGGAAUCUCCAUAUAUAUCACAUGUAAUUUGCAUCUAGGGAUACUGUAUUUUUGCAUUGCUUAGAAACGAACUUUUUGAUAACUAUCAAUUUUUUUUUUCAAG